AUGCAGGAUCCUUGGCUUCUUGUUGGGGGUUUUAAUGAUAUUGCUGGAAGUAAUGAGAAGAAGGGUGGGGCACCUGCCUCGGUGCAUAAGUGUAGAGUUUUCCGUGACAGAAUCAAUGAUUGUAAGUUGAUAAAUCUAGAAACAGCUGAGCCUAAAUUCACGUGGAGGGGACUUAUCUUUCAUGGGGGCUAUAGGAUUUAUGAGAAGCUAGAUAGAGCUUUAAGUAAUGAGGCUUGGAGUCUUAAUUUUCUGGAUGCUCAAAUCAAAACGCUUACGCACGUUGAGUUUUCAGAUCAUCAUCCAAUCUUAAUCUCUCUGACCAAAGUCAUGAAGCAUAAUGUUCCAAGACAGUUUCGCUUCGAGAGUGCUUGGCUGGCUGAGGCUACUUAG